GCCAAGAGAGAAACCGUGUGACCUGAGUCAAACACGGCGAGUCUGAAUCAAAUUGGAGCUCUACAGCAUUGAAAUCGCGAACACUCUCAUCACAGCACAUACCCUGGAUAUGGCAACGUCUAUACUUGGGGAAGAGCCACGGUUUGGAACUACACCUCUAGCUAUGCUGGCUGCAACUUGCAACAAAAUUGGUAACACCAGUCCUCUUACAACUUUACCUGACUCGAGCGCUUUCUCAAAAGGUGGAUUUCAUCCGUGGAAAAGAUCCUCCUCGAGCUGCAACUUGGGAUCCAGUCUGCCCGGUUUCACAGUAGCAACAAGCCGCGCGUCGACAGGACUAACACCGACCAGUGGCACAGGCAACAGCGCCUUUUGCUUAGCCUCCACCUCCCCGACCUCGUCUGCAUUUUCCACAGACUACAGCGGUCUGUUUUCCAACUCUGCGGGAGUCGCGUCCCAAGAGUCCGGACAGUCAGCUUUUAUAUCCAAAGUCCACACAUCAGCAGAGACUCUUUACCCCCGGGUGGGGAUGGCGCACCCAUACGAAUCGUGGUACAAGUCCGGUUUCCACUCGACCAUCUCUGGCGAUGUUGCCAACGGCGCGUCCUCGUGGUGGGAUGUCCACACUAAUCCCGGGUCGUGGCUCGAUGUCCAGAACCCUGCAAGCACCCUCCAGACCUCACUGCACACCGGGACGCCUCAAGCUAUCCACUCCCAGCUGAGUGGCUACAACCCGGACUUCUCCUCGCUGACGCACUCGGCGUUUAGCUCCACUGGAAUCAACCCCACCGCGUCCCAUCUACUGUCCACCGGUCAGCACCUGUUAACGCAGGACGGGUUCAAAACGGUCAUCCCCACUUACACAGACGCUUCUGCCGCCAACGCCAUGAUUUCUGGGGGCAGUUCAGGAAUAAGUAGCUCCUCGAGGUCGUCCCGGCGGUACUCCGGCAGAGCAACGUGUGACUGUCCAAACUGCCAGGAGGCUGAGCGACUGGGACCCGCCGGGGCCAGCCUGCGCAGGAAGGGACUCCACAGCUGCCACAUUCCCGGCUGCGGUAAAGUGUACGGAAAGACAUCUCACCUCAAAGCGCAUCUGCGAUGGCACACCGGCGAGCGGCCUUUUGUCUGCAACUGGCUUUUCUGUGGCAAAAGGUUCACUCGGUCCGAUGAGCUCCAGAGACACCUUCGCACCCACACCGGCGAGAAAAGGUUUGCUUGCCCGGUUUGUAACAAGCGCUUUAUGCGGAGUGACCAUUUGAGCAAGCACAUCAAAACGCACACGGCCGGUGGAGGAGGCAAACGGGGCAGCGACAGUGACACCGACACCAGUAACCUGGAGACCCCGAGAUCCGAGUCCCCAGAACUUAUUUUGGACGGGGUGAAUCCCAGAAUCACUGUUAAGGAUCAGUCUCCUCAAGACGAGCCCUAAUAAGGCUUCACCCAAAAUGAAACCAGAUUCAAAACUGCACAGCAUUGAAAACGGGUCUAAUUUGACAGACAAUAAAAGGAGAAAAUAUUUCCAGAAGCGAUUGCAAAGUCUAAACAAUGUAUUGUCCACAGGCGUAACGAGUAUUUCAUUCGUAAAUCCAUCUAAAGAAAACACAGGCAACUUCAAAAUGAAAUGGAUGUUUGAGGUGGCGCGAAACCUGUUGAACUUUGGUUGGACAAUGUGAGUUACAUCUUGUAUAUUGACGACAAAACUACGUGUUAUUUUCAUGUAAAUGUUAGGCUAUGAUUGUUUUAUUCGUGUUGGUAUCCUGGAAAUCAAGGAGUUUACUUUCGACGCACUUUGUGGAUAUGUAUGUAUACAGCUUCUUCAACUUUGGUUGACCAUUUUAUUUCUUUGCUAAAAAAAAAAUCUAUAUAUAAAUGUUUACCUGUAUAAAGUCACACGUAUAAGACUUUCAUUUUAUCGUAAUUAAAACAUCUUUAAAA